UGCUGUCUCAUGCUGUAAACAAAUUGGACUCCCUUUUAAAUUUAAAAAUUUCAUACAAAAUAUGACACCAAAAGAGCCCCGAGACAUUGGAUUCAACAGACAAUUCGCUGUAGAAGUGAACGGAGUUCCUACGGAAAUAGUUUUCCAUGGCUUUGCCAACAAAUGGUUUUUGGUAAUCACUCAGCUGGGAAAGAUACCCGGCAUCUUUAACGUUUCCUUCGAUGUAAGAAAGGACGAACGCAUCCUUCCGCUUCUCCAUGGACCCGUGACCAACCCCGAGCUCCACGUGUCGGUGGGUAUAACUAUGACCUGCUGCCUUGGCUUGGACACGGACGAGGUUCGCAGCGCUAUCCAAUUCCUGGUUAACCAGACUGGUCUCAACAAGUGCCCCACGGAAUUUGUCAUUGGACUCGGUCUCAAGACAAUUGAUGGACCCAAUCUGCGCUCCCUGGCCAAAGUUCUCGACGAAAUGGUGUUUUAGUGUAAAUGACUUGUUAGAGCGGCUACAGUUAGCCUGGUUGGUCUACGCAAUUAUCCUGGGCUGGCUUAUCUGGGAACUGCUGCUAUCUGAAAAAUCAGGGAAAUAAGAAGAUGCAAUCGAUGUAUAUAUGUUGCUCUAAGAGUGUUGAAUAAAGAAAAAGAAUCUUAAGACGUUUAAA